AUAAUGCAACACAUAUGUAUGUUUAAGGCUGCGAUCCGAUUCACGCUCACAGCGCUCACUGUACUCACGACGCUCAUGAUCGGUCCGAUUCGUUAGCAUGCUUAAGGCGCUUGACGACAAUAAACGUUUCGGAUCACUUGUAAACGCUACUCAUAGGGAUAUAACCUAAGAUACCUAGCAAAUCAGCCUCGAGGAAAGAAAAAUGAAUAUUCAGUGUAAGGUCGCAGCAUUACAAUUGAUAGAAAUUGCUUUAGAGGAGUCUGAUAGUGAGGAUUUGAAUCGUUUAUUUUAUUCAUCUUCAAGCGAUGAUGAGGAAGCUAUAAAAAAUUUGCAUUCUGCUUUAAUUAUAAGUAAACAAAAAAAAAAAAAAUUGAACAGAAGACCUCGGAUUCAAGACUUUAUAGAAAGAGUUAUCUCAGGGUACACAGCACAAGAAUUUAAAACACAUUUUCGAUUACUUCCAACGACCUUCGACCAUGUUUUAAGAUUGAUUGGACCAAGUUUGACUUCUACAAAAUCAGUUGCAGGUAGAAAGCCUAUUCCAGCAAAAAAGCAAUUGUUAAUGGGUCUUUGGAUGAUGGCUACACCAGACUCAUACAGAUCUGUGUGUAUGAAAUUUGAUUUGGGAAAGGCGACGGCAAUUCGCGCUAUGAGACGAGUUACAUACGCCUUGCACACCUUAGCUCCUCAAAUUAUUCAGUGGCCUCAAGGAAGAAAAGCUACUGAAGUAAUGAUAGCAUUUGAGCGUGUGAGUGCAUUUCCACGUGUAAUAGGAGCCAUAGAUGGCACUCAUGUGGAAAUACGAUCUCCCCGGGAUGAUAAUCAUCAAGCAUACAUUAAUAGAAAAGGAUACGCAUCAAUUCAUGUGCAGGCUGUGUGUACCCAAAAUUUAUUAUUUACAAGCAUGUUUGCUGGGAAUGCUGGCUCUGUGCAUGACGCACGAAUUUUUCGAAUUUCUCCAGUGGCUCGGUACUUUGAGAAUCCAGAAAAAUAUUUCUGUAAUGAUAGUCAUCUUGUUGGUGAUGCUGCAUAUGGUAUACAUACCAAUAUGAUGGUCCCGUUUAAAGACAAUAGUCAUUUGAGCCUUAGACAAAAGAAUUUCAACUUUUGUCACUCAUCAGCUCGAAUGGCAAUUGAAAGGGCCUUUGGUGUUUGGAAAGCGCGAUGGAGAAGUAUUUUAGAUUGUUUAUCCAUGAUUACGUUAGAAAAAAUACCAGAAUACAUAUUGGCAACUGCAGUCUUACAUAACAUUUGUAUCAUAAAUAAUGAUUUAUUUGAUAUAAAUAAUAUUGAUGUGCCAAAUCAAAAUCAACACAUCCAGCACGGAAUAUUAAUAUCGGGUAGAACAAAUGAAGGCAACAGAAAACGACAAAGAAUAAUGAACAAUUUGGUAAUGAGAGAUAAUGAACGUGUAUUUGCGUAAUUUAUAAAAUCUUUUUAAUGUAUUAACUCUUAUAAACUAUUUCCUCAUCAACUAAAUCUUUAUAAAAAUGAAUAAAUGUAUGCAAAUUAAUUUGAA